UAUGACUCGAUAAAAGAAGCUUUAUGUGUAAAUUCUCAAAAUUAGCUUCAAUUAUUUUCAAUGAAAUGGCGGAAAAGCCUAUCUGCAGUCGUUCCAAGGACCCCUUUAAAACCAUACGUCUAAGUAGUAUAAACCCAUCGAUAAGAUAACAUUCCAACAAAAUUCUACAUAAGCUAUACUUUUUUUGAGUAAAAAAUUAACACAAAAAAAUGUUACUUCGAUCGGUAACAGUACUUUCACUUUUUGGAUUAACAAUAUCUUGGUGUUAUGGCCAUAAUGUGGACAGCUUCAGCCAUAAAAAUGGAAGAAUUAUUGGUGGAACUCCAGCAUAUCCGGCCCAGUAUCCGUUUAUGGCAGCCAUAACAGUUCAAAGUUCAACUACCAGAAUAUUUUGUGUAGGGGCACUUUUGAGUAACCAGUGGAUUUUAACUGCUGCUCAUUGUGUAAAUGGGGCUGUUUUAUUCACGAUACAAUUAGGGUCUAACAGUUUAUCAGAAGCCGAUUCUAAUCGGGUAACUUUAGCCACCUCCACGUAUGUCGUACAUCCAGAAUUUAAUCCAGAUACACUUGACCAUGAUGUUGGUCUCAUCAAACUUCGACUGCCAAUUGACUUUACAGAUUAUAUCAGAGCCGUAGAUUAUUUACCAUCAUCACCAAUUCUAGAAUUCCAGAACGUUAUAGCAGUAGGGUGGGGGCAAGUAACUGAUGCUGAUCCUAGUCUUUCUGAUGAACUGAGAUGGGUUCUAAUGUCAGCAAUAUCGAAUGAAGAAUGUCGAUUGACGUAUGGAAGUCAAAUCACAGAUUCUAUGGUUUGUGCCAGCGGCAAUUAUAAUGAAGGUCCUUGCCUUGGGGACAGUGGUGGUCCUUUGGUGCAUCUCCUGAAUGGAAGUCGUAUGGUAGUAGUUGCUGUUUCUAGUUUUGUUAGUGGAAAUGGUUGUGAAAGUCCAGAUCCUUCAGGAUAUACAAGGACGUUUCCGUAUGUGGACUGGAUAAGAAAUACUACGGAUCUAUGGGAAUAAAAAUGUAGAAAUUCUUAAUUAAGUUAAAUUAAAUACAUUCUCCUACAUUUAAAAUUAAA